AUGUCAGUGGCGGAUAAUAUUAGUAUUACUCCGACUGUCAAAAGAGAAAUAAUUUGUCAGAUUUGCAAUAAAUCCUUUAAACGAGGCAAAGACCUUAAGAGUCAUUCCGUUAUUCAUCUUGAUGCAAAACCUUAUGUUUGCAGCCAAUGCCCUGAAGCCUUUAAGCACAAAACAAGUUUGAAAAGACAUUCUCUAAUACAUUCAGGAGAAAAACCAUUUACCUGUAGAAUUUGUGGAAAGUCUUUUAGACAGAAGGGAUCAUUGAAUGAACAUUCUCUUACUCACUCUGGAGUGAAACCUCAUACUUGUGAUGUAUGUAAUAUGGGCUUUACAACUAAAAGUAAUUACGGUCGCCAUCUAAAAAAACAUCUAUUAUCCAAACCUUUUACUUGCAAUAUUUGUAACAAAGGAUUUAAUGUACGUUCUUAUCUUACUCGUCAUUAUAAUAAACAUAAAGAAAUUGAUGAAACUAUUAAUUCGUUGACAUCAAAAUCACAGCAUAAAUUUUCUUCUGCAGAUGAAGAAGAUAAAAAACUGUCAUCUGGCCAUUCAGAGGAAAAGCAGUUACCUUGUACCAAAGUAAUUGUUAAUGCUGAGAUGGUCGAAGUUACUAAUCAUCUUGGAUUGAAGACGUAUGUAUGUAGAAAAUGCAAGAAACAUUUUAAUGAUUUUAGUAACUUAAAGAUCCACCUUAUGUCACAUGUGAACAAAAAAAUUUAUGUCUGCGAUGUUUGCAAAAGUUCUUUUACGAGUAUCGGUGCUUUUUGUAAACAUAAACUUGCUCACAGUCAAGACACUUUUAAGUGUGAAGAUUUUCCUGAGGAAAGUGAAAUUCUGCCUCAAUGCUUAAAAACAGCGGCAUCCAAUACCACACUUAAUAUAAAAACAGAAUAUUCUGAUAAGGAAGCACUUGAUAAGCGAUAUGUUUGUAGUGUUUGCAAUCGAACAUUUCUGAAAGAAAUUCAAUUUAUGCAUCAUUCUGUUACCCAUAAAUAUCCAGGUCCUUAUUAUUGUGAUAUUUGUGGUGAAAAUAUUGAGUUUGAUAAAAUACAUGAGCUUCAUAAACAUUAUGAAGAGCAUGGUGAAAUAGCUUGUAUAUGUUACAAUUGUAUUGAGGAAUCUGGUAUAGUGGAGACGAAUGUAAAUUAUUCUAAGAACACUGUUUUUAAGUGUGAUAUAUGUUAUAAAUGUUUUCCUGAUAAAAACCUAUUAAGGAAACAUUUUCCUACUCAUAAAAAUAGAAGACCAUUAUUAAUAAAACUUAGUACAUGA